GGUGCGUCUUUCUCGCUUGUUGAGGCAGUUGGCUGAGGCAGGUACUUUUUUCCGGCAAACCUGCCAGCCGCGCCGUCAGUCUUGGAAGAAGAAUGAAAGUGAACGGUUGAAUUUCUUCACGAAAGCUCGUAUCGUCGGUUAAUUUAUGUUUUCCAUCGUGUGUGAUAUUUCCCGUGCACAGUUUUGUAAAGCCUCGAUUGCCCCUCAGUGAAUGUAUUGUUUCCUUGUGUGAUAAUUAGUUUCGGGUUACGUUUUUGUCGAGCACGUUUUUGGAAUGCAAACAUCGCAAACGCACACACUAAAUAAUAGUCGUUGGCUGUUUUGAUCUUUCGAGUGAAUCACCAUUGUGUCGCCGCCGGAGAAGGGCAAGAAUGAUUGUGGCCUCCUUUGGGCAUCUUACCUUGCCACUGAAUUUCGUACAGUGAACCAGUCCGAGUUGGAAGAAGACAAAAAUGAAGCAAUACACUUAAUGUAAUGAUAUAUAUCGAUAUGCGUGAGUAAUUACUUUCAAAACUAUGUCUGUGAUGAGCGGUAGAAAUAGAGAAAAAAGUGCAUUCGUAAAGUGAACGGCUGCAGAAAAAGUGAAGGCACAGGGCCUCAAUGCAGCGGAAGACGAAGGGAAACUUGCAUUUUUCGUUCACUGGUAGCAGGUUUGCUGUUGAGGGAGGUGUUUGCUGCUGUGCUGGUGGUGUGGUGGUGGAUAUGAUAUCAUUCAUGAUUAGCAACGAAGAAAAGGAAAGUCCAUAAUAAACUACUUGCAUGCUCGCAGCGGUAAAAGGCAGAGAAUCCAACGUGUGCAUAAAAAAAUAGCAGGAGAGGAAAUCGUCACGCCAAACUGCCAUUGCUGCGUGGAACGGCGGCACGAAACUGAGAGGCACGAGACGACGCCGAGUUUCGACAUUAUGAGGAUACUGAAGAAUUGGACUCGUCGCCGUUCCGGCUCUAGCAUUGUUGUGUUGGGUGGCGAUGAUACACUGAAGCCUAGCCUGCCUAUUGAUGACUAUCAGGAGGACUUUGAGAUGUACAAUAUGAUUUCGGCUAAUCAAGAUAAUGGACCACAUCGGGAGAUGGCAGUUGAUGUACCUGAAUCAUUCAUAGCUCGCAACAAAACACCGCCACGAUAUCCACCACCACGCAGCACAACACAGGUAAAUCGUGUUUCCAAUGCAAUGCCACAAGUCCCGAAACAUGCAAACGGAGGAGUCUCCUUGGAGCUGGAACCUCUUGAUGGCUACAGCGAUAAAAAUUCAUCCUCGCUCGACAGUAGCAAUGAAUUUUUCAAAAAAAGCUCUAGCAAAGGGCCAUCGUCGCUGGGGUCGACUUGCGAGUCGAUCGGGUUCGAUUCGAUCAACUAUUUGAAAAACUCAAGAGGUUCACUCAGUACAAGGAGCUCCUCGUCGGGUGACCUGGGCCCACCCGAGUAUGAUAUCGGGCCCCAUCGUGAGCUUCCAGUAGACGUUCCGGAUAGUUUUGUUGAAGUAAUUAAGGCACCACCCCGCUAUCCACCGCCUAAAGCAUUGAUCAUAAAAGAGGUUGUCAAAAAGAAAGAAUCAUCCUCAUCCGACGAAUCAAUCGAUAAACCAAAACCACAACCACAAGCACCAACGCGAAAUGAGCUGAAUGGUUCAGUGAAACCGAUCCCACCGCCCCGCGAUCAUCUGCGAAUAGAGAAGGAUGGUCGCCUUACGAAUCGGGCUCCGGUUCCAGCGCCACAAGUGCCAGACCGGAAGCUGUUGCCAACGACUCCCCAGCACAUUGGACAGGUCGUGGAACCGACGCCCGAUCAACUGAAUAGCAUCAAAAAAUUCGAGGAACAACUACGCCGCCGACGGGAGGAGGAAGAACGAAUAGCAGCUCAGAAUGACUUUUUGCGGAAUAGCAUCAGGGGCUCGCAAAAAUUACGACACCUGCAGGACAACCCGGUCGUUGAAAAAUCCACCAUAGGUGUUGACAAUGAGGCCUAUACGGAAGACGAAGAACCCGAAAAAAUCAUUGGGUAUGGUGAGCUAGUAUCGGCCUUGCAGCGAUUACAGGGACACCUCAACAAGCAUGGCUUGGCCGCACUCGCUGGUAGAGUAACAGCGGCCCAAAGCCUUUUGUUGGGUCCAGGUAUUGCACGUGCCCUCGCUGCUCGCACUGCUGUUCUAGAGAGGAGGCGACCACGAAUACAAAACCCCAUUUGCUCAAAUGCUCAGGCACUGGCUAAGGACUGCGUCGAAUCCCUGGCCCAGUCAAGUACACCAGCUGCAAUAGAACUAUGUGAUCUGCUCUCGACUUAUGAAAUGGAAGGACUGUUGCUGGCGCACGAUCGGAUUGCUUCAACGACCGAUCGCUCGCCGGCAUACGGAGUUAGUGCAGUCAGUCAGAAUCCCGCGGUGCCAUUGCCAUUGAACAAUAAUACGAUGACCAGCGCUACUCCGGUCAAACCGACAUCAGUUUUGCCAUCUAUUCCAAAUAAUACUAGCUUAGUUAAUAACAAUAACAAUAAUAUAGCAAAGCGUGAACCUAUGAGUGUUCCUCUCGGUGUUCUACGGGACGGUAGUCAGGAUCAUAUAAGAAUCAUACAGAUUGAAAAAUCUUCGGAACCGUUGGGAGCGACCAUCCGAAACGAAGGAGAGGCUGUAGUGAUUGGUCGAGUGGUACGAGGAGGAGCGGCGGAGAAGUCCGGCCUGUUGCACGAGGGCGAUGAAUUGCUCGAAGUGAACGGUAUCGAAAUGCGUGGGAAAUCCAUAAAUGACGUUUGCACUCUGCUCAGUGCAAUGACCGGUACUCUCACGUUCCUUGUUGUGCCCGCCAGUAGGCCUCCAUUGGAUCCAACUAUACGCGGUGGGACACGUACCGGGUCCUGUGCGGUACUGCACGUUAGAGCACACUUUGAUUACGAUCCGGAAGAUGAUCGAUACAUUCCGUGCCGUGAGCUUGGCAUCAGUUUUCAGAAAGGAGAUGUAUUGCAUGUGAUAUCUCGUGAUGACCCUAACUGGUGGCAAGCGUAUCGAGAAGGCGAAGAAGAUCAAACAUUGGCCGGACUUAUACCCAGCCAAUCAUUCCAACAUUUGUGCGAGUCCAUGAAGUUGGCCAAUGCUGGUGAAGUUGGUUUAAGAGCACGCAGGGAUGCCAACGGUAAAGCGGGUGGAUUCACUCUGCUUUGCGCCAGGAAGGGACAGAAGAAGAAAAAGAAAGCUAGUAGUGAACAUGGCUACCCUCUGUACGCUACAGCUACAGCUGAAGACCCUGAACCGGAGGAAAUCCUAACAUACGAGGAAGUCGCCCUUUACUAUCCACGUGCGUCUCACAAACGGCCGAUAGUGCUGAUUGGACCACCGAACAUUGGCCGACACGAACUUCGACAACGAUUGAUGGCCGAUUCGGAAAGAUUCGCUGCUGCCAUUCCUCAUACGUCUCGUCCUCAACGCGAGGGAGAAAUUCCUGGACAAGAUUAUCACUUCAUUUCGAGACAACAGUUCGAAGCAGAUAUACUCGCUAGGAAAUUCGUCGAACACGGAGAAUACGAGAAGGCUUAUUACGGCACAUCUUUGGAAGCGAUCCGCGCAGUUGUGGCCAGCGGAAAGAUAUGCGUCCUGAACCUACACCCCCAGAGCCUAAAACUUCUACGUUCUUCGGAUCUGAAGCCCUACACAGUAUUGGUGGCACCACCAAGUUUAGAAAAGCUUCGUCAGAAGCGGAUACGAGCCGGUGAACCGUAUAAGGAAGAGGAACUGAAGGAGAUCAUUGCCACUGCGCGCGACAUGGAAGCACGAUGGGGCCACCUGUUCGACAUGAUCAUCAUCAACAAUGACACGGAACGAGCCUAUCAUCAGCUUCUCGCCGAAAUAAACUCACUCGAACGAGAACCACAAUGGGUGCCAAGUAGCUGGCUGCAUAACUAAUUGCUAGGUCAGUGAUCCAUUUUCUACUUAAAUUUCUUUUUUGUUGUUUGUAAAUGAAAGAAUACUAUCGUUUAAGUCUGAUAUACUGAUUAGUGAGCGUACACAGAUAAAUUAUCGUAAUUUAUGUAAGUAGAUACUUAGACAGAAGAACAAAACAUUCCAAACAGAAGAGCAAACAUGUCCACGCAGAUUACUACACUUGGAAUGACGAAACUUGAUGAUUACUGAAAAUCAAAACGCGUUUAUAGGAGUAUGCAAAUAAAACCCAAUUAAUAGUUAAGCAAAGUUGUUAUUUUCGUUUUUAAAAACAGAGUAUAAAAGAUUUAUUUUAUAUUUAGAUCAUUUCCUGUAUAAAAAGAAUACAUAGAAAGAUUGUUUUAUAUGUAAAUUUUAUUUAUCUGUCCAUAUUCCUGUACAAUUAUGGAGGAAAAAUUGAACACAAUAAAAGCAAUUUCUAAAUGUUUAAAAAUAAAUCUAAAAUAGUCAGAGUCAAAAAUCCCUUACAUAAUUCAAUAAACGUAACGCAUUACAAUAUUCAGACUAAACAAAAAAAAAGAAACGCAAAAUCGAAAUAUUCAUUGAUCCGGUUCGAAAAAAUAUGAGAAUAACAAAAAAUAUUCGUGUUCACAAUUUACUCUAGAAAAAAAGAACAUCAUACUAGCGAUAACUAGCAGUAACAAAUUGAAAGAAAAGGAAAAAUACAAACACAUAAAAGACAGAAAAACCAGCUUAAAUUCAUCCACAAAGAGUUAAAAAAUUGAUAUUUUUGAUACGUAUUCAAAUGAAGUCGAGAAUCGUUUGCAGUUAGCUGCCGAUUAGUUUGCGACAUUAAAAGUACAUUCUCUCCGGUCCGAUAAAACCGCCUUCGAAAACAAAAACAAAAGAAAAGAAAGUAAAGGAAUCAAGAAAAUAUUAUUACGCUCAAUAUUAUUGCAUGUAUAGUCGUAAUAACGAAUAAUAAACCACCAGAGAAACGAGGAAAAGAUGAUAACCAACCAAA